CUGCCUUUCAGUUAUGGCCUGUAUCACUCGUCCAGGAAAACCCUGAGUGGAGUGAAAACUUCGAUCACAAAUGAUUGGUUAGACAACACCACUCAUACACCGUUGUUUAACUCUGCCGUCGAUGCGAGGACGUUCUUGGGCUCCCUUGAUGCAAUUUUUAUGAUCGCCUAUGCGAGCGGACUAUUCUUCUGGGGUUGGUUAGGAGACCGCCUGAAUCCGAAGCAUGUCAUCGUAACGGGAAUGGUCGGAUCAGCUCUGAUGCUCACACUUUUUGGCUCUUUUCCAAAAUGGUUUGAAUUCUACAACGCUGCUUAUUACGUUAUCACAUACCUAUUAUUUGGUUUAAUGCAAGCCUGUGGCUGGCCGAGUGAAAUUGCAAUAAUGGCAAACUGGUUUGGCAAAGCGAAUCGUGGCUUUGUGAUGGGCGUGUGGGCGUCAUGUCAACCGCUUGGCAACGUCUUUGGAUCGUUUUUCACUUCAUGGGUUCUACCUUCUGGAUAUGAGAAUACUUUCUUCUCAAAUGGCCUUCUGUUGCUGAUUGGAGCCUUUACUGUGAUGGUGUCGAUUGAUCCAAAACCUAAGGAAGCCCAAUACUCUCACCUGAACGAUGAAGAACAAGUGGAGAGGUCACAUGCGGACGAAGGGGAGCCGAUCAGCCUUCUUGAUGCUGUGCUUCUUCCUGGCGUACUAGCGUACUGCUUGUGUAAUGCAUGUCUGAAACUUGUCAACUAUGCCUUUUUCUUCUGGUUGCCGUUGUACCUGACAGAAGCUUAUCACUGGGAAGAGACUAAGGCUGAUCAGUUGAGCAUAUGGUACGAUAUAGGAGGAAUUAUUGGAAGCAUUGUUGGAGGUUACAUAUCGGAUAAAAUGGGAUGCAGGGCGCCAAUGAUUGUUGCCAUGUUGAUUUGCUCUAUUGGAUCACUGUUUGUGUAUGCUCACAUAGGCGCUCACGAGAUAUGGAACGCGUUUUUCAUGACGAUUGUCGGUGUUACGGUAUCUGGUCCGUACAAUUUGAUUGUCGGUACAAUAUCCAUAGAUUUGGGAUCACAACCGGCACUUGCAUCAAAUGCACAGGCGAUGUCAACAGUCUCUGGUUUGUUGGACGGUACGGGCUCUGCUGGAAGUGCCCUCGGCCAAUUGGUCGUUCCCAUCAUGCAGAAUUCACUUGGAUGGGAGUCCGUGUUCUAUUUCUUCAUGCUACUGGUAGUCGAAUAG